UCCUAGAUCAACGGCUUGCAUUCGUUAAAUCUACAAGCGACUCAAAAAGCACCUAAUUUUUGAUCCCUCUCGGUCGCACAUAGACUGGUAUACAUCAUGGGUGUUGGAAGAUAUGUAUGCGUGGCUCUGCCAUUCAUAUUAACCGUGGGCAGCAUCGUCGCUUUGCUGAUUGCUGGUCUCACCGGUGUUACCAAUAACGGCCUAUACAUUUUCGAACUCGAUACGAGGAACGUUUCUAUCGAUGCCAGUACCGCCCAGAGUUUCCUCGGCAACCUUACCAAGGCCGCAAACCUAGGAGAUAGUAUAGAUAAUAUAGGGGAUCAGGUUGACACCGCCGUAAACAACGCCCACAAAGCUGUCAGCCAAAAUAUCCACAAUCACGAUAAUCAAAUAAACUCCCGCUCGCCCGCCCCGCAAGAUGCCUCGGAUGUCUCCAGUAUUAUCGGCAGUCUUACCGGUUCCGGCGACAAUAUCACCGCCGCUGAGCUUGGCAUCGACAACAUCUAUCAAUUUACCCUUUGGAACUACUGUGCUAUAUCGUCCGAUGGUUCUAAGAACUGCACCAAGGCUAAGUUCAACUGGGCCGAAGAGGACCUCAACACCUCGUGGGUCGAUGAAUUUGGCAAGCAGCUUGGUGGUAACAUUACCAUUCCUGACGAGGUGAACGACACUUUGGACACUUUCAAGACCCUCAUCAAGUGGACUGAAGUCGUUUAUAUCAUUGCCAUGAUUGGGCUUGGUCUCGAGUUAGCCGUUGGUCUGUUCACCGCUUGCUCCCGCCUAGUUUCAUGCCUAACUUGGGUUAUUUCUGGUUUCGCUACUGCCUUGGUUAUCGCCGCUGCCUCUAUGAUGACUGCGCUAGCUGUAGUCGUCGUCGGUCUAGAGAAGAGCUCCUUGGACAAGUAUGGCGGAGAGGCCCACUGGAACAACAACUUCUUAGCUUGCGUCUGGAUCGGUGUUGCCUUUGCGCUCGGUGCUAGCUUUUUCUGGCUCUUCUCCGUCUGCUGCUGCAAGCCCGAGAACCGUCCCUACAAUCGGGGUUCGGGAUACGGUGGAGGCGAGAAGUUCGCUCCUAGCGGCUCGUACGCGCCGCUUGGUGAGAACCACAACACCGGAUAUAACAGCUAUAGCGCCCCUCAGCGUGGCGGUGCUCGCUCGGACCUUGCUUACGAGCCCUACUCUCACGCCCAUUAAAUAUAAAGGAUAGACAAUUUACAAAGAGGUGGAUGGUUACAGAUGUGUAAAUUUUGCGUUCUGCUGGCGUUUAGGCCUGGGUAUGACGAGAUUGGAUGGUGGUUACUGCAAAGGUUAUUACUGGAGAUACCUACGAACAGGGUAGAUUGCGUGGUUUUCUGUUGAUGGGAAAUAUCACAAAUUAUCGCGAUAUCACUUCGGAAUAUAGUGGCUAAAGAUGAAUGCCUUCAUAUAGGAGACAAGCUAUCUAUGCAUUUAUUUAAGACGCUGUUUCCCAUCCGCAAUACAUAGUAUAAAUUUGUUAU